CUUCCGGUUCCGGCAGGCGCGGACACGCUCUCAGAAGUAGAGGGUAGCGCGAUGCCGCUGCACAGGUAUCCUGUGUACCUGUGGCAGAAGCUGCGGCUGCGGCAAGGUAUCUGUGCGCGCUUGCCCGCCCACUUCUUGCGUUCGCUGGAAGAAGAACAGACGCCGACCCCAGUACACUACAAACCUCACGGGGCCAAGUUCAAGAUCAACCCCAAGAACGGGCAGCGCGAGCGCGUUGAGGACGUACCCAUUCCAAUUCAUUACCCUCCAGAGUCCCAGCAGGGACUGUGGGGUGGAGAGGGCUUGAUUUUGGGCUACAGAUACGUCAACAACGACAAGCUCUCCAAGAGGGUAAAGAAGGUAUGGAAACCUCAGCUGUUCACGCGGGAGCUUUACAGUGAAAUUCUGGACAAGAAGUUCACCGUGACUGUGACCAUGAGGACCCUGGAUCUCAUUGAUGAAGCCUACGGAUUCGACUUCUAUAUUCUCAAGACCCCUAAGAAGGACCUGUGCUCCAAGUUUGGCAUGGACCUGAAGCGAGGGAUGCUGCUGAGGCUUGCUCGCCAGGACCCCCAGCUCCACCCUGAUAACCCUGAGCGGAGAGCAGCCAUCUAUGACAAGUACAGGAGCUUUGUCAUCCCUGAGGCAGAGGCAGAGUGGGUUGGCCUGACCCUGGAGGAGGCCCUGGAGAAACAGAGGCUUCUGGAGGAAAAGGACCCUGUACCCCUGUUCAAGGUCUACGUAGAGGAGCUGGUCCAGCGGCUUCAGGAGCAGGUUCUGUCCAGGCCCGCAGUGGUGCAGAAGAGAGCCGGUGACCACGCCUGACCACUGGGCUCAGCCUCCCCUGUGGGCAGUAGGCGAAUCCCACUUGGCACGUGCUGAGCACACAGCUGUGUAGUAGACUUUUCAGAGAACCCUUCUGUGGCAGGACUCCACUCCAGGAGGUCUGGAGCAGAGCAAACGCCUCUAUCCAAGCUGCUCAAGUCCUUACAAUGUGAAAGUUCUUGGGCUGGAAUGAGUAAAAAUCUGAGGCAGUCUGAGCCACAGUAAAGUGUGUUGGUGUGCUUGGAA